CAUGCUCGUAGACUUCUCUAGCUUAUUCUAGGAUUUCUUCUUCAACUUGGCUUCUGCUUACUUGCAUUCCCACGUGAAUCUUCUAGGUUCAGCUAGCAAUUCUUGCCUUCAUGAUUAAGUCAGUAGUUUCUAGAUAAUUUUAGGGAAAAUGGAUCACAAUUUCCAAUACACGUGUUACGCCUGCUGCAAGCGACAAGGACGAUGAAUAUGGCUGCCACAAGAGCCCAAGCUACAUGAGCUCCUCCAACGUCAGCGGUGGGGGCGGUGGUAACAUUGAUCAUUGAGGAUCAAAGACGAGGGAGAAUGCUCACCAAGUACGAAGAUUGACGAGUUGUGAUCGGUGUAAUCGAAAAGGGAGAAGAGAGGAGUGAAGAUGAGUGAUUGAGUUGGAGAUCCAGAAGCUGUAGAUGAAGCAAAUGGCCAUUUGACUUGUGGGUGUAAUAACAUCUCUUAUUGUAAGGGACUUAUUAUCUCAUCCUCUGAAAUGAUUCACAGUGGAACAUGGCUUUAUUCAAGUCAGCCCCAAGUGUUCAGGAGAUGGCAAAAGAACCCAUAACUGAAGUCCCGCCUCGCUAUGUCCGUGUCGACCAAGAUCACCCGUUCAUGCAUGCUGAGCUUGGGACAUCGUUGCUUCAAGCGCCAGUAAUUGAUCUGAGCAAGCUCUCAUCAAGCAAUGACGAUUUUAUGGAGUCUGAGCUUGAAAAGUUGCACGUUGCAUGCAGAGAUUGGGGAUUCUUCCAGUUGAUAAAUCAUGGAGUGAGUUGUUCAUUGGUGGAGGAGGUGAAGUUGGGAAUACAGGAGUUCUUCAAGCUUCCAAUGGAGGAGAAGAGGAUGUUUUGGCAAGAAGAAGGAGACAUGGAGGGUUUUGGGCAGACGUAUGUCGUGUCGGAGGAGCAAAAGCUUGAUUGGAGCGACGUCUUCUCCAUGGUGUCCCUCCCAAGACAUUUGAGAAAACCUCGCCUUUUUCCCAUGCUUCCUUCUCCGUUCAGAGACGUCUUGGAAAAAUACUCCUCAGAGUUACGAGAUCUUGCAAUGAAGAUACUACUUCUCGUGGCAAAACCUCUGAAGAUGGACACCAAGGACGUGAUAGAACUGUUUGAUGGAGGCAGGCAAGCCUUUAGGAUGAAUUAUUACCCUCCAUGUCCGCGACCCGAGCUCGUCAUUGGCCUCACUCCUCACUCUGACGCCUCAGCCCUCACCAUCCUACUCCAAGUCAAUGAAAUGGAAGGUCUGCAAAUAAAGAAAGAGGGCAAGUGGGUCCCCGUCAAGCCUCUUCCCAAUGCAUUCGUUGUCAAUGUCGGAGAUAUUUUAGAGAUCGUGACAAAUGGUACUUAUCGUAGCAUUGAGCACCGAGCUACAAUUAACUCGAUGAAGGAAAGGCUCUCAUUUGCCACAUUUUACGGCCCAAAAUUGGACGGUGAAAUGGGUCCUGCACCGAGCCUGGUCUCAUCGGACAAGCCAGCAUUAUUCAGAAGAAUAGGCGUUGCCGAUUACUUCAAGGGACGUUUCUCUCGUGAGCUUCAAGGGAAGUCAUAUCUUGACACUAUGAGGAAGAUUCAAGGUGAGAAAGAGGGAAUUGAAUUUGGCCAUUGAGAAAGCUAACUCUCUUUUUCCUUUUAUCGUAAACUAUACUAGCUGAGAUCAUAUCUUUAUGUUGACACUCUCCAUGUACCUCGAACAAGUUGAUUAUACAUAUUCCUUUCGCUUCCUCC